CCCACCCCCUCCACGCCAUGAGUCGCCGAGUGGUUCGCCAAAGCAAGUUCCGGCAUGUCUUUGGGCAGCCGGUCAAGGCUGACCAGAUGUAUGAGGACAUUCGAGUCUCCAAGGUGACCUGGGACAGUUCCUUUUGUGCCGUCAAUCCCAAGUUCCUGGCCAUCAUCGUGGAGUCAGGAGGAGGCGGAGCCUUUAUGGUCCUGCCUUUGAGUAAGACGGGUCGCGUGGACAAGAACGUCCCUCUGGUGACUGGACAUACAGCCCCCGUGCUGGACAUCGACUGGUGCCCCCACAACGACAACGUCAUCGCCAGCGCAUCCGAAGACACAACCAUCAUG